UGUUCUGGCCAGCAGUAACUAUGAUGUAGCCUAGAAUGUGGUUACUGGAACAACAGUCACCAUGGGGACUGGAAUGGCAGCUACCAUGGGGAUAGCAAACACAAAGGGAGGAGCAGAAGAAGAGCCUGCCCUAGUUUGUCCCUGAAGGACAGUUCCAACAACCAGGGAGAGUGAGAGAAAGAAAUAGGAUGGCAUCAGGAGAAAAUUGGUGGAAAGUUCAACCCAGAUACUCAUCUGAAGUACUCAUUGGAAACUGGCUAGAAGACAGGAUAAGGGAUGCCUUUCAGAGCCAUCUGAACGCUGUGGCCAGAGAAGAUGGUUUCCUGCACAUCUCCUUUCAGGGCCUGCCAAUGCAGUGCAUCUUCACCCAUCACGAGGAGCCGAGAAGCCGGCAUUUUGUAUCGGAGUACGAGGACGAAUACAACAGACGCUGCUACGACCCUGUGGCGCCUCCCCUCCGCACCUGGAAUGGACGCAAGCUUUCCUGGGUUCCUCAGAAAGCAGAUUUCCCCAUUCUUGAACCACCCAAAAACUAUGGCCUUUAUGAGUACCUGUUGGAGAAAUGGUUUGGGAAAGAUGAUGGAGUGAUGAAGAGCGUCUACACCAUCUCCUACGAAAAGCCACCAAUUUCUGCUCUUGUUACUCGUCAUCAGAGACAACCAGCUAAACCUUCUCUCCUUUCCAACCAGGCACAACUUCCCCAAAAUAUUAGUCAGACCCUCGACUAUGAAGGGGCUCAGACUCAUCUACAAGCCAUUGGCCAACUGAUGAGAAGCAAAAAUGCCAGUGACACCUCCGUGUAAACUGCUUAGGGGGAUC